AUGACAACUUCAGCCUUUUUCUUGGUCACAGUCUCAAGUGGUCUGUUUGUCACGGGGGCAUUUACGCAGCCCUCAAAUCUCACCCAACUAUCCUGGUUCCUAUCCUCCUUCGACAAUAACGAUUCUACUAUCCAGCGGGUUGCAAGUGACUAUAACCUGAUCGAACCGCUUCACUACUCGCAAGACGAUGGAGAGGUGACUGCGCAUCUUAUUAGCAAUGGUAUCAUCGAAUUGAACUUGUCCUACCCAGCCUGGACAUCUGGAGAACUGGCAUUCCCACUACUCCCUCUUUCCGAUACCUCAACGACACACGCGAUUCCCGCUGCCUCCGUUUCGGCUGAGAUUCCUGCCAUUCGAGCAGCCGUGCACUGUGAUGUGCUCACGGACGAUGAGGUGAGUAUUUCGUACCAGAGCCGGUGGGACGACAGCCUCGGGAAGAAUUUCACUUUUCAACUCGCGACCGUCGAGAGUCCACUACUGCCUCAGUUUCAGAGUUGUCAGGAUGCAAAUAACUUCAAACUCCAAGCUAAUCUACCAGGUCGCCUCAGCACUAGCGAGGGGAGCAUCGUAGCGCCUCGACCAUGCUCUUCGACCGGCAUCUACUGCUCAAAUCUUACCGGUAUCUAUGGCUACGCGACGGACGAGGCCUUUGUCAACUAUUCAGUCGUUUCAUGCAGGGUGUCGUAUGAACAAGUCGCAACCACGGCAGCUUUCGAACUCCCCAGCUAUGUCAUCUCCAAGGACGCACCGCCAACGGUCGACGAAACUCAAACCAAGCCCCUCAACAGCAGCGACGUCAACAACUUCUUGAAUUCCGUGGGCUAUUUUGCCGCGUUCUACAAUACCUCUAUCACGACAUUCAAUGGAUAUUCGACGAUGGAUUCGGUAACUACUGCGUUGAUAUAUGGGAAAGAUGGGGUACCAAUCGAACAGGUGUUCCAGAAGCCUCCAGACGAGCAUCUCAUACCAAGCCUGAGGCAUAUGAUCCGAGUCAUGGCCGCGCAGUACAUGAGUUACUUCUACCGAACGGCCAACUCGAGCAUGCCACUGGUAGGCUCGACCAUUCCUGCAACGUUGCAGGUGGGACCGGAUUUCCGUCUGAAGCAGAACGCCACCUCGACCCGAGUGUUGGAUGUGCUGCUGGUGGUCUCGUGGCUUUUUGCCAUGAUAACGGUCUUCACCUUCCGAAGUCGCGACAUUGCAAAGGCCCAACCAGGGACUCUGGCAGCGGCUCUGGCUCUCGUCUCUGACAGUGAGUUCGUCUACAACAUGCAGACUCGCGUCCAGAGUGACCUAGGUGGAGGGGGCACAGAAAGGGACAAUUCUCUCCCAAAAUCCAUCCAUUCCGUCCAAGUGGAGCAGGAAUUGCUCUCGGAAGGGUCCCUGUUCAGCCUUGGAUGGUGGAGAGAUACGACUGGGCCAGGUGAUUGGUGGCUGUAUCCUGUGCCCCUUCCCCGAACCGUGUGCCCUUGUUCGCGUCAGUGGGCCGCGGAGACAGGUUGA